GCUUAUUUUUACGCCCAUAGAUAGAGUUUCUCAAGAGCGUGUAGAGUCGGUUUAGAGAACUAGGAGAGAAGAUCAUUCAACAGGAAACAUAGGAGCUAUUGAAUAAGUUACGUAAGAAAGAGAAAACAUAUUGAGAGAAGGGGGGGAAAAAAACCAGAAACAUACAACAGAGGAAAGCGAGUGCGUAGUGGUUUUUACGCGACAGGAAAACUUUGGAUAAGGAGCCUGUCUCACCCCUUACUGGGGUGUAGAAUGGAAACACAGCUCGUCCAGAAGCGCAGCGCGACAGCACCAUGAAGAAAGAGAUGAGUUUAAACCUGGACGACCAGAACAGCUCGAACCUGAAGCCUGAUUUGCGGGACGCAGAAGGCAUACUCAGUUCCCAGGACCUGGGACUCCUAAAACUGGCCUCGCCUGAGCUGGAGAGGCUGAUCAUCCAGUCCAACGGCAUGGUCACGACCACCCCGACCUCUCAGUUCGUCUAUCCGAAACCGGUGAGCGACGAGCAGGAGUUCGCAGAAGGCUUCGUUAAAGCCUUGGAGGACCUGCACAAGCAGAACCAGCUGAACGGCGGCACGGCGACUUUGAACCGCUUGGCAACAGGCGCCGCUCUUGCCUUACCGUCUGACCUUCCGGUCUACACGAACUUAAGCACGUAUGGUGCUGGAGGAGGUGGAGGUGGAGGAGGAGGCGCACUGGGGACAGCUGUGAACUAUUCCACGGACACGAUCCCUUUCCCACCACCACCACCGACCUCUUCAUCCUCAUCCUCCUCAUCCUCCUCAUCCUCAUCAUCACAAUCAUCACACACCAACACGCAGCACCAAGCGACGCACGCGCGGAUCCGUUCGCCCAAAGACGAACCUCAGACCGUCCCCGACGUGCAGAGCUUCGGUGAGAGUCCACCUCUGUCCCCGAUCGACAUGGACACGCAGGAGCGCAUCAAGGCGGAGCGCAAGAAGCUGCGCAACCGCAUCGCCGCCUCCAAGUGCCGCAAGAGGAAGCUGGAACGGAUCUCGCGCCUGGAGGACAAAGUCAAGACGCUGAAGACGCAAAACAGCGAGCUCGCGUCCACCGCCAGCGUGUUACGCGAACAAGUCGCGCAGCUCAAACAGCGGGUCAUGAACCACGUGAACAACGGUUGCCAGCUGUUGCCCACCCAGGUGCAGGCGUACUGACGGGCAUGCGUUUAUCAGAACAGUGCCAAAAAAAAAAAAAAAAAAAGGGAGGGGACAUUGAUUUUGGUGCUCAUGUACAUAGACUAUUAUUAUUAUUAUUAUUAUUAUUGUUGUUGUUGUUGUUAUUGUUAUUAUUUUUAACGAUACUAUUUUGUUUACACCAUUUUGUAGCAAAUGAACUGAUUAUUAUGAACUCUCUGAGACCCUCCCUGCUGAACUGAGUUCAUUUCCUGUAUGCAUCUAAUUAAAAAAACAUGGCACAAGAUCAAAAGGUUCAGAAGAUUUGAUGCAGAAGUGCUCUAGCCUGUGGUUUAACCUAAGGUAGGCCUGAAUCUGUCUAAGGCUACUGACUGCCAGUCUACGACAAUUGCAUUUACACUACGACGUGUCAUAGGUCUCAGACUCUGGGCCGAGUUACCUGAGACAGGAGAAGACUCCAAGCAGCAGCAGCUGCAGUGUUUUUGCAUGAUGAUGAGACAAAACUCAAUGAGUGCACCCAAACACAGAUGUCGUGCAUGCACACUUCAUGUGUAAAGCCUUAAUUGUGUACAAACACUUAUUAACCAAUGACCUUAUCUAAUUUAUAUACAGCUUUUCACGCAAUGUCUUAUUUCUUGCUCUUCUGACUUCUUGUCAUCGUCAUUCUACUUGUUUAUUUGUCACAUUUCCGAGUUCCACCUUCAAGACUUCUUGAAAUACCGUCUAAUAAA